AGAGUGCGCUGAUGGUCUUCUUCCGGCUACUUGCUUCUCGAAAAAGGUUUUUAUUCGUGUCAAAGAUGGAUUCCUAUCCUGACGUACAAGAAAACGAAUCAAGCGCGAAAAGAAUUAAAAUCGACUUUAGCGAUUCUAAUGUAGGUGAAUUGUGCAAUAGUAAUGGAUUUUCAUGUUUUUCCACAUCCACAACAGGGCCGAUUGAUACCAUAGAAGGGUUAACAACAGACUGCGAUUCAGGCUAUGAAGCAUCCACUUUGGAGUCUUUGCCAACUUCUUCGCACUACACAUCGCCGCAUACCGAUUUGCAGGAAAGUUUAUCAAGUUUGUCUGAAUCGUUUUUCCCUCAAUCAUCUUCCACCAAUGAUCAAAAUGAACUUGAGGCACAACAGGAAAGUGUUGAAGAUGAGGAUGAUGAUGAUAAUGCAUCGACAGUUAGCCACCUAAGUGAACUGAGUGGCCUUACAGAUCUUAGUAGUCAUGAUUGGAAACCAAAGAAUGGUAUUAUGAUAUGGAUUCAGGAACAGAUACAGAAGGGGAUCAAUCCGAGAGUAUUACUGACAGAAUUAGGUGUAGAUUUGGAUCAGAUUCCAGAGUAUGUUAAUGACUUUACUCUCUGGAAACUUGUUAUUAACAUAUUUGCGGAACCACCUAGGAGAAAUAAACUUCGACAUGUUAAUACUCUCGACGAUAUAGUAAGAUUACUAAAAGGUGCUCAAAAAAUAAUAGUAUUGACCGGUGCGGGUGUUUCGGUAUCGUGCGGAAUACCCGAUUUCAGGUCAAGGGAUGGUAUUUAUUCCAGACUAGCCAUGGAUUUUCCUAAUUUACCCGAUCCACAAGCAAUGUUUGAUAUCAGUUUCUUCACUCAAGACCCGAGGCCCUUUUUCAAAUUUGCUAGAGAUAUAUACCCAGGCAAAUUCAAACCAAGUCCCUGCCACAGGUUUAUAAAAUUAUUGGAGAAACACAAUAAACUUCUUAGAAACUACACUCAAAACAUUGAUACUUUGGAGAAAGAGGCACAAAUUGAAAGGGUUAUUGAAUGUCAUGGUUCCUUUGCUACAGCCACAUGCACCAGGUGCGACCAUAAAGUAAAUGCAGAUGCAAUAAGGGAUAUUGUUUUGGCACAGAAAAUUCCACUUUGUGAAAAGUGUCACGCCAAUGAAGGAGAUUCAGUUUCAACAGACGAUCUUGGAUGUGAAACAACAAAUUAUAAGGAUUUGGUUCACUCUGGUAUAAUGAAACCGGACAUUGUAUUCUUUGGAGAAGGUCUUCCAGACACGUUUCACGAAGCCAUGACUGCCGAUAAUUCCGAAUGCGACUUGCUACUUGUCAUCGGCAGUUCGCUCAAAGUCCGACCUGUUGCUCUCAUUCCCAGUUCUCUUCCAGCCAACGUUCCGCAAAUCCUUAUCAACAGAGAACCGCUACCUCACUGUCAUUUCGAUGUCGAACUAUUAGGAGACUGUGAUGCCAUUAUCAAUCACAUCUGCAGACUUUUAGGACAAAAUUGGGAAGAAGGAAUUUAUACACCUCAAGUUUUGACGGAAGUUCCAGAAUUAUUACCUUACAGAGAAGAAUCCUCAACGGAUGUAGAAAAAUUACAAUGUUCUGAUACUAUCGUAACGAAUAAUUUUGCCAAGGUUAACUGUAUUGAACAAUCAGAAGAAACAUUUAGAUGUACUUGCGAGUUUUCAGUGACAAGCACUAGCCCUAGUUCAAUACAGAAGGAAAUAGUUUGUAGUUGCGAUAUUAAGGGUAAACAAAUAAAAGAACGGCACAUAAGCAUAGACUCCGCCAGAGACUCGGGUAUAGGCGAAAACUCCAAUUUCACCGAUUUGGAAACGGAAAGUAAAGAGGGCACCACUUUCAACAUAGAUCUAUCCGUAAGUGACUCGUCGUGCGUGAAAAAAUCCGACACCGCAUCGUGCUUCGACGACAAAAGCCAAGACCUGCGCGGCUACUGGCAACCGAAAAUAAAAAGGAGUCUGGCCGAUCGCCUGCCGCCGCAUUCCUUCCAUCUGCUGCCGCCAAGUAGGUAUAUUUUCCCAGGUGCAGAAGUCUACUACGAUCCUGACGAAAAAUCGUCUUGUCACGAUGAAGACUCUAUUCCCGAAAGUAUGUCAGAUUGCUGUUAGGUCACACAAUUAUCUAACUAUACAGAAGCGACAUGGGCAAUUUUUUUGUGGAUCAAAUUUUAAGUUAGUAUAUUUGUCAAAUUUAAUGACACACGUUGUCAAAUUUUGAUUACUUGAUGCUUUGUUUUUGUCUAUGUCGAUUUACUAGAUUUUUACAUGUAAAAACUUUUUAUGAAUAGCAAAAAUCUUUCAGACUAGUAAAACUCUUUUUAUUGAUAAUAUAUUUUUGUGUAGAAAUCGAUAUUUGUACCGAAAUAAUUGAAAGCAUAGGUUGGGAAAGCAGAGAAAUGCAGUCAGAUUUCCUUUUUAUUUUACGUGUAUUUUACAGAUUUAUAUUAAAAUUAAAUUUUAAAUUAUGUUUUUUAGAAUUUGUAUUUACUAAAUUUAUUAAAAAAUAAAACGUCACAAUAAAAUAACAGCUGUUUAAAGAAAUAAUUUUUCUCGCUGUACUUCAAAAUUUGUUCCCUUAAAAUUUGAGACAUACUUCAAAACAACCGACUCUUACUGUCGAUUCUGUAUAGCUAAGGUAUUCUGUGGUUAGGUUCCUUAUAUCAUUAAUAAUGUAUUUUUUAUAUCUGUUCAGAAAGACACUUAUAGUUUGUAUAGUUUCAUGGGUUCUUAUUUUUUAUUUGGAAUGCAAGAUUGAAUGAAUCUUAUGAGAUUUUUUUACAGCUGGUAAAAGUCAGGUUUCUACUAUUGGAUCAGUAGCAAUAUUUUGAUUUGAAGUUUGUCACUCACAGGGUUGGGUAGGUAGAAAAUUUUAUAUAUGAACUUUGUUCCAAUGCAGAAAUUAGGACCGUUCUAGAAUGGUUGUUGGAAUCGGCGGGAUUGAAUUUGUGCGCAUGUGUCGACUAGGACAGUUCUGUUACGAUACCAAAAUUGCUGUCCUCCAUUCGCGAAUUUCAAGUUCCAGAGCUUUACGCCCUGGGCUACUCAGAACGGUUCUGAAAGGAGCUGUGCGCGAUAGCCUGGUGCCUCCAUGUGGCGCGGAACAGUU